AAUAAAUAAACAAGAAACAUUCCAACUAUCUCCAUCGCAGCACCUAUUAACCAAGCAGGGCAACUGCUAAUUGUAUUGAAUUGUAUUGUAUUGAUACACUAUCUCGAAUUAGGGUUUUUAUUAUUCUUAUAUCGAUAUCUAUAUUCACAUAUUCAUAUUAUAUCUGCGGGUUCAACAGCAAUGGAAAAUAACCCCCAAAAUCUGGCUUCGCAGGCUCUGCGGCCACCAACAAUUGGAUCUGUUGGCUCUCAAAGUUUUGGAACAAACUAUUCCAUGCAACAGUUUCGGCCCGCAGUUCCAGCACAACCAGGUCAUUCAUAUAUGCAGUCAGCUUCAGGUGCUCAGCAAUAUCGACCGAUGGGUCAACCUCAGAUGCCACAGUUUUCUCAAUCGAUGCAACAAAGGCCAGGUCAGCCAAGCCACCUUUCUUCAUCGUCACAACCGCCCAUGUCUUACAUGCAGCCACCACAGUUCCAGAAUUCUGCCAAUACAAACAGUCAUGUGCCUAGCUUGGGUGGCCCUUCAUAUACCAUGCACCCACCUGUUGUCUCGACUGGAGGACAGCCUUGGAUGUCUUCUGGAAAUCAAGGUCCAGUGAAUGUUACACCGGUGACUCAAAUUGGACAGCAGCCUUCAACUAUCACUCCUCAUCAGAUAUCAAGUGCUAGUCAAGACGCAGCAGCUGAUUGGCAAGAGUUUACAGCUGCUGAUGGCAGAAGAUAUUAUUAUAACAAGAAAACCAAGCAGUCUUCUUGGGAAAAACCGUUGGAGUUGAUGACACCUCUGGAGAGGGCUGAUGCUUCUACCGUUUGGAAAGAGUUCACAACUGCAGAGGGUAAAAAAUACUAUUACAACAAGGACACGAAGCAAUCUAAAUGGACAAUACCUGACGAGUUGAAGUUGGCUCGUGAGCAGGCUGAAAAAGAAGCUUCUAGAGGGACUCAAUCUCCAGCCACUUUAAUAGCCUCCUCAUUGGAUCAACUUCCAGCUUCUGUUAGCUCUGCAAAUGAUGUUUCUUCAAGCCCUGUAGCAGUGACACCUAUUAUUCCCGUUGCGAAUGUGGUGGCUGAGUCAUCAUCUUUAAUUCAUGUAGCAGUUACACCAGUUGUUUCUGCCAACAUGCAUUCUUCUCCAAUGGACAAAUCGGACAAUUCAUCUUUACAUGGUGCUCCAAAAACUUUAGACGGUGUCUCAGUGCAGGACACGGAGGAAGCAAAGAAAGGGAUGGCAGUUGCUGGAAAGGUGAACACAACGCCAUCAGAGGAGAAAGUUGCUGAUGAUGAACCCUUUAUAUAUCCGACUAAGCAGGAGGCAAAAAUGGCUUUUAAGUCAUUAUUGGAGGAAUCAAAUGUUAAGGCUGAUUGGAACUGGGAGCAGGCUAUGCGAGUGAUAAUAAAUGAUAAAAGAUAUGGUGCACUAAAAGCUCUUGGUGAACGGAAACAGGCCUUUAAUGAGUACUUGAUGCAAAGAAAGAAAUUGGAGACUGAGGAGAGACGUUUAAGGCAGAGAAAAGCAAAAGAGGAAUUCACAAAGAUGUUGGAAGAGUCCAAGGAAUUGACAUCAUCCAUGAGAUGGAGCAAAGCAAUGGCAAUAUUUGAAGAUGAUGAGCGGUAUAAGGCUGUAGAUCGAGCUGGUGACCGAGAAGAUCUUUUUCAAAACUACAUGGUUGAUCUCCAAAAGAAAGAGAGAGCAAGAGCUCAAGAAGAGCAACGACAGUACAGAUUAGAAUACAGGCAAUUUUUGGAAACUUGUGGCUUCAUUAAGGUGGAUACUCAGUGGCGGAAAGUCCAAGAUCGGUUGGAAGAUGAUGAAAGAUGUACACGCCUUGAAAAAAUCGAUCGUUUGGAGAUUUUUCAGGAGUACAUUCGUGAUCUGGAGAAGGAGGAAGAUGAACAGAGGAAACUCAAGAAGGAGCAUAUAAAAAGGGCAGAGCGUAAAAAUCGUGAUAUGUUCCGCAAGUUGAUGGAUGAACACGUUAUUUCUGGAAUGCUUAAUGCUAAAACCCAAUGGUGUGACUAUUGUCAGGAGGUGAAAGCAUCGGUAGCUUAUGAGGCUGUUGCUUCAAAUACCUCUGGGUCAACUCCAAGAGAUUUGUUUGAGGAUCUAGUUGAGGAGUUGGAUAAAAAGUACCAUGAAGAUAAAACUCGUGUGAAAGAUGCAAUAAAAUUAAAGAAGGUCCCCGUUUUGCCAACAUGGACACUUGAAGAUUUCAAGGCUGUCGUGGAGGAGGACAUCAUCUCAUCUUUAUCAGAUAUAAAUAUUCAACUUGUGUUUGAAGAUCUAGUUGAGAGGGCCAAGGAGAAAGAGGAGAAGGAAGUUAAAAAGCGUCAGCGACUUGCCAAAGAUUUCACUGACUUAUUGUAUGACAACAAGGAAAUUAAUGCAUCUUCAACCUGGGAGGAGUGCAAGCAACUCUUUGAAGAAAGCUCCGAAUACAGAGCUAUCGGUGAUGAGAGCCUUGCUCGUGAGACUUUUGAGGAAUAUAUUGCUCGUUUGGUGGAAAAGGCAAAGGAGAAAGAACGAAAACGGGAGGAGGAAAAGGCUAGAAAGGAGGAAAAAGAGAAGAGGAAGGAGAAAGAACGAAGGGAGAAAGAGAAAGAUAGAGAAGAGCGUGACAGGAGUAAAGAUAAAGAGCGUUUGAAGAAAGAUGAUUCAGAUAGUGAGAAUCUGGAUGUUGCUGUGGAGCACAAGGAGGAUAAAAGAAGAGACAGAAAACACCGGAAACGCCAUCAAGAUGAUGCGAGUUCUGACAAGGAUGAAAAGGAUGACUCUAAGAAGACUCGUCGACAUGGCAGUGACCGGAAAAAAUCAAGAAAGCAUGCAUAUUCACCUGAAUCUGAUAUUGAAAGCAAGCAUAAAAAACACAAGAAAGAGUCUCGUAGUAAAAAUGGUAGUCAUGAGGAGCUUGAAGACGGUGAGGUUGGAGAGGAUGGAGAAAUCCAGUAGAAACUACAAGGAUUUCAUUUUAUAGACACUUGUAAUCUGAUGAAAUUCUUGACCUGUAGUGAUUUUUGUAGUUAAUAGGAGUAUUGUACUUGACCAAGGCAUAGAGGGUAUUAUAAGCAUAGCCACUGCAGCCUGUUUACAAUUUUAUUAAUUUUUCAAUGUGAUUUUCAAGAAAUUUUGAUGCAUUCAA